AUGGAGUCACCACCGCCGAGGAAUGUUCUCAAGCCGAGAACAGGCGGAACUGCAGAAGCGAGAUCGGGAUCGAGAAUCGAAGACGGGGACUGGCGAAAUAGAGUAUCUGCAAGGGCGGAGAGGAGAAAGAGAGAAAGGGAGGUGACACAGAGUAGGAGGAUUUGGGAUAACUGGAAUGGAGGAGAAGCGAAUGAAGCAGGAAGAAGGCCGAUGAGUGGAGCGGCCGGGCAGACAAGAUUCUGGAAAGGCACCGGAGUGGGACCUCAAACCUGCGACGAGGUUGCGCUUUUACCAAUUCGUCCCGAUAGCAGCGAUAAUAGGUUGGUGUCAAUGCCCAGGCAAGAAGCAGAAGAGAAAAAGUCCCUAAACUUUGCUCAAACGUUGGGCGCGGGUGGAGCACCUCGACCGACGAUAAUAUCUAUUAGUGAUGACUUUGGGCGGAACCCAUUCAAAACCCACUGGUUGCGUUUCCUGGCGAACGGCGGAGGAAUGGAUGCUGCUGCUGCUGUUGGUGAUGGGAGGAGGAUAGACUUUUUCCUUGCUGCGUGUGCUUCACUUGUCAAAGUCGAUAGAUCUGAUUGCAAAAGUGAGUUGCCUGUCUGGGCCCUUGAUUGGGUCCGUGGCAAAACUGCCGCCCUCGGCCAAGACCGCCGCCGAUUGAGGAGGGACUGCAAGAAAUUCCCAAAUAAGUUCGGUGGCGAAACCUCCCGUCAUAUUUCCACUCUGAUCCCGGUUGGGUCCUGGUAUACUAUCCUCGGUUUCGUCAUGUUCAAGUUCCAAUGGACAGGGAAGGGCGUCGGUCCAGGCCCCGACCCAUUGAAUCUGCAAACUCGUCCCAGGGGAGAGUGUUCGUAUAGCCUCCCGGACCGCAUAGACCAGCUCAGCCCACCGCAGUAUCUGCUGCGUUCUGGAUCAUCAUCUCUCCGCAUGCAGAGAGGGAAAAAAGGCAAAAAGAGUGAAGAAGCACCAGCAAUCCUGGGGGCGCGGGCUUGGGGCUUCUGUUUACUUUAUACUGAACACGUUCCAGAGCUACAGAGCGCAUACUCGCGGCCUGGAGCCCUAUCUGCUGCCGAACAGGCAGAAAAGCAGGCAGGCAGGCACAUGCUUGCAACCCUGCUUCGUCUCACAUGCAGAAAUGCCUCUUUCAUGUAA